AACUUUGCGUGAAUCUCUUCUCACCCAUUAACGGAACAGGUCAAUUUUUGGAUGCCCUGAAAAUCGGGGAGUUUGGUAUAAAUGAACUUGGAAUCGUUGGUCAGAUCAUCAGUUCCUUUCUGAGCAAACCAUCAUAUCCAUUCAAAUCCAACAUGUUCUCCCGCUGUGCCGUCUUGGUCCUUUGCACCUCCUUCGCCGGAUAUCUGGCCAUGCCUCAGGUUUAUCCCGAUGGUCAGAGUCCCAACAAUCAGGCCUUCAACCUGCCCGCCGAUGCCGAGACCUUGUUGGCUCAGCCUUUGGCCUUGGACUUCACUUGCGAGGCUCGGAACUACGGUUAUUAUGCGGAUGUGAGCAACAACUGCCAGAUCUUCCACAUCUGUCUGCCCAUUGAGGACGAUGCCGGCGCCAUCCUGGAGACCGCUCAGUGGUCGUUCAUCUGCGGCAACGGCACCGUGUUCGACCAACAAACCCUCACUUGCAACUACGAAGAGGACUCCUUCCCUUGCGCCGAAUCCGAAUCGCUGUACGGAGUCGUGGAGUUCGGCAAGAUCGAACCCGAUUAUUGAACUGAUUAAUUUGUUCAUGUUUAUUCGUUAUCGUUUUUAAUGCAAAAAGACCAUUUUAAAACUGUCGUCUUUGUCAUCUUUUUUAGAGUGGGUCAAUGUUUUUUAUGCCAGGGUAGCC